AUGAUGGACGCCGAAGAGACGGGGUCCAAUCCUGGCGAAGGGUCACCUCUACUUGGCGCAGGCGCCGACCGCGAUGAUAGCGAGGGUAGAGGGAGCGAUAGGAGCUGGAUAGGUUACGAGGACUUCGAGCAUCUGACGUGGUGGCGGCGGCCGUCUGUGUAUUGGCUUAUUGGCCCUUAUUUCCUCUUCACGCUCGCGUUCGGAGGCGUCAUCGUGCCAAAGCUUAACUUGAUAGUCGACCUGGUCUGCCGCAAUUAUUUUGCCGACCAGACACUCAAGGACCCUGCCUUCACCUUCUCCCCGGUCGUGCUUGGUGGCGAUAAUCCUCAGUGCAACAUACCAGCUGUUCAGAAGAAUGUCGCGACCUUCACCUUGACUCUCAGCAUGUUGAUCGGCGUUUUGAGCGCCUUGACUGCGCCGAAGCUUGGAGCUCUAUCGGACCGCUACGGACGCACACGCCUUCUGACGAUUGCGUCUUGCGGUGGUGUAUUGAACGAGAUCGUCACAAUCCUCGCAGCGAAAUACCCCGAUGUAAUCGACUACCACUGGAUCCUUCUCGGGGCCUUCUUUGAUGGGGUCACAGGCUCGUUUACGGCCGGAAACAUCCUCGGGUCCUCAUAUGCCAGCGAUUGCACACCGCCCUCGAAGCGCGGCGUCACCAUCGGAUACCUCCACGCCUGUUUAUUUACCGGCCUUGCUUUGGGCCCUCUUUUGGCUGGAUAUUUCGUCAAGUGGACAGGUUCCCUUCUCUCCAUUUUCUACGUCACGCUUGGAUGUCACAUCUUUUUCAUCCUGUUCAUUCUCUUCAUCACUCCCGAGUCUUUAUCAAAGAAACGCCAGAUGCUGGCUCGGGAGAAGUAUCAAAAUGAACAGGAAUCACUUGCAGAGCGCAUGCGCUCUCAUCUUCCACGCGUUAUGGGUGGCUGGGUGGGACCCAACGCUGCGGGUUACAUCAGUGAACAUGGCCCCGAUUGGCUUCCAGCCCUUUUGAGCGCAAACCCCUUAGCACCUCUGAAGAUAUUGGCUCCCGGUGGGCGUGCAAACAAGAGCCUGCGGCGCAACAUGAUUAUACUUGCGCUCAUCGACGCGGUGAUUCUCUCGGCAGCCAUGGGAUCUGGAACAGUUACAAUCCUCUACGUCGAGUACAUAUUCAACUGGGGGAACUUUGAGGCUUCGCGUUUCGUGUCUCUCAUCAGCUUCAUCCGCGUGAUUGUGCUCCUUGGCAUCUUCCCGUUAAUCAACUACUGGUUUCGGCUGCGGCCAAUGCAGCGUCAGCGUCGCGAGAGUGGUAUUAUAGUAGCCGAGAAGAACGAGGGAGCAGAUGAGAUCGACAUCUGGUUGCUGCGCCUGUCCUUGGCAUCAGACACCGUGGGCAUUCUGGGCUACGUCUUGGUGCGGAAGGAAGAACUUUUCGUCAUGUUCGGUAUAAUCACAGCCUUUGGUGGCCUGGGCGGUCCCGUCAUUCAGAGCGCAACUACUAAGCACGUCCCUGCCGAGCAAGUAGGCUCGUUACUCGGGGCCAUUGGACUGCUUCAUGCUCUUGGGCGAGUGUUCUCGCCGGUCUUGUUCAAUGGCAUCUACGCCGCAACUGUGGAAACAUUUCCCCAGGCAUUCUUUGUACUGCUCACAUCGCUCUUUGGGCUGGCUAUGAUUGCUAGUCUCUUCUUGCGGCCUCAUUUAUUCCUAAAGGACGAAGCGUACGAGCCAGUCCCUGCCGGGGGACCUAACUCUGAGUCGGUUGCUGUAAGUGAUGAAGAGACUGUGACGGAAGCAGAGGUGGCAAGCGAGGCUCUGCCACGCGUGUAA